UUUCUAGGGCUAUACUUAAGGGCUUGGAGCCUUUGCGUAUCCGUCUAUCCCAUGUCAUAAGCAAUCGGCGAUAUACACAUAAACGCACACAUACGCGGACAUCUAAGCGCACUAUUUUGACCAUCAUCGCUUGCAACAUGUCAGAAGUCGUGAAAAACCGGAUCCAAGUCUUCCUCGAGUUCGACCCUAGCCCUCGGGUCCAGCUCAAGUUUGAGGAGUCGACGCAGGCUGAAGCAUACUUUAAGAUGAUUCAGAGGAGUGCAAAAGCUGGGGUUUCCGAUAUCUCAGGUCGUGACGUGUACAUGACACUUCCUCCAACGAUGAGGAAGCUGGAGGCGCGGCCAUCCCUUGGCGGCUUCUCCUUCAUUUUCAACGAUGCAGAAGCGGCUGGUACAUGGACGGAUGCCCUUUGGGUUUGCGUUUCUAAAACCGGUCUCAAAACUUUGUGCAUCAAACGUGAUUGGACACCCCGGGGGCUCAACAGGGCCCUAGGGGUGGAGGGUGGCGCUGGUGACGACGAGAAGGGCGGAGCUACUGGCAGAGCAGCCCCCAGUACUAUCUUCCUCCAGGCCAUCAACGACGAGUACGACCAUUUCUGACUGGCGGGGAAAGCUUGGGAAUAAAGUAGACAAUGUUAUUAUCAUUUAGCGAUACAUUUGUCGGACACACUUAAAACCCAUAUUAUUCCGAGAUAUUGAAAUCAAAUGAGCAACAGGCAAUAUCACAG